AAUAAACCAACUGAUGUAGUGAGACGAAUGGUUGAACCAAUUGUUGGAACAGGUCGGAACAUAACAGCCGACAAUUGGUUCACUGAUGUUGACUUGGUUGAUGAACUGAGAAAAAAGAAACUGUCCUACGUUGGCACUGUGAGAAAAAAUAAAUCAGCGUUGCCACCAGAUUUUGUGAAUGUGAAAGGAAGAAAACAAUAUAGCAGUAUGUUUGCAUUCAAUGAUGGCAAAGUUCUGGUUUCCUACAUCCCUCGUGAAAGGAAAAAUGUCAUUCUUCUAUCCUCCCUUCAUAAUGACUCAACAAUUGACCCUGAUUCUGGAGAGCGGAAGAAGCCUGAGAUUAUAACUUUUUAUAAUCAGACAAAAAGUGGUGUCGAUACUGCAGAUCAAAUGUGCAUGACAUACAGUGUAAGCCGGAACACCAAGCGCUGGCCAAUGGUCAUUUUUUUUGCAAUGCUGAAUGUGGGUGGUAUCAAUUCACAAGUUAUCUACAUGUGCAAUGAACUACAACCCCUGCGCAGAAGAAUGUAUCUGAAAAAACUGGCGAAUGAACUGGUUUAUGGAGAGCUACAGAGAAGAAGUAUGAAGACAACUGGAAUUCCCAGCAGCCUACAAGUUCGUCUGAAGAGAUAUCGACCCAGUGCUGAUGAUGAUCGAGAGAAGUCGCCCACGCAAGAACCUCCCAAGAGGCGUAAAUGCAUCACUUGUGCUGCGGAAACUGGCCACAGAAGGCUGUCGAAUUACGAAUGUCAUGAUUGCCAUGAGGCGAUUUGCCUAUCUCAUGCCAAUAUGGUAUGCCAAGGCUGCACUACAACCCGCCAACAAAUUGUUGAAUCAGAGAGUGAAUCUGACUAAAAAAAUACAAGUUUCAACUUAUAUUUAUAAUAGUUCAUUAUUUUUUAUUUGUAUUUACAACAGUUUAUAAAAUCUAGUUUUAGUUAUUUCGGUAUAAAUCUAAUUGCAGUGUUGAUUGAGUCAUUUUUCACAAAACUUGUAAGUCAAUAUUUUUCAGUCACAUUCACUCGCAAAAACUGAACUGAGAUUUGAUAAAAAAAAACUCUUAUUAAGAUUAAAACAAAUCAAUAAAAUUUACUAUGGUUAUUAUAUUUGUCUGUAAAUAAGUAAUCAAUUAUCUGAAUGAUAAAGUAGUUUGUAAGUCAAUAUUUUUCAGUCACAUUCACUCGCAAAAACUGAACUGAGAUUUGAUAAAAAACUCUUAUUAAGAUUGAAAUAAACCAAUAAAAUUUACUAUAGUUGUUAUAUUUGUCUUUAAAUAAGUAAUCAAUUAUCUGAAUAAUAAAGUAGUUUGUGAAAAAGUUCCAUAUAAUGUGUCUUUUUUUGAAUUUACAUGGCAUUUUAUGAUAAGCGCCUGUCAGGCACAUUGCGCCCGAACUC